UGGGAGACAACAUAUGAGAUAUAAGAGACAAGCAACACCUGAAAAGAGACAGUGUCACGCCAGAUUAGCUCUGUGACUAGACGUACGAAGUGUAUCGAAACGUUGCAAAUCGAAUUCACGAAUUAGCACAAUGAGGUUGUGGGUAUGGUUAACCGUGCUUUUGUUAGUUACAAUAUUCGCAUCAGAAGCAUUAGCGAAGAAAUCUAAGAAAGAUGUGGAAUCCAAAGGCAAAAAUGAGAAGCAAGAUAAAGUCCACGUCGAACGUAAUUCAAAAGAUAAAUAUCAGCCCGAAAAAUCUGAAAAAAAAGGAAAAGAGAAAUAUAUGAAAGAGGAAAAGUCGAAGAAGAAAAGGAGCAGCGAGUCAUCGGAACAUAGUAUUGAGAAACCUUCAGAAAAAUAUUCAGAAACGAAAAAUUCUUAUAAAUCGGAGCAAAAAUCAAAGAACAAGAAGAACAAACGUGAGGAAAGCGUCGAGCAGAUAAACAACGAAAAGGAAAGAAAUAUCGAAACCAAGUCAAAGUAUGCGAAAGAUAAAACGAAAGCGGAUACUCAAAGUAAGCAAAAUAAGGAUGCUAAACGCCAAUCGAAAGAAUCCGCUGAGUAUACCGAAGCUUCUCAGGAAUCAAAGAGCCAAAAGUCGAAGAAAAACAUGAAGGAAGGAAAAAACAAGAAGAAAUCGAAACAUGUGGACGAAGUAAUCAACGAGGAGGAGAAUAUUAACGUUAAGAAUAAGAAGAAAUCAAAGCGGUCCAAGUCGGAGUCUUCUGAAAAUACGCAGAAUGUCGAGAAUAAGAAAAGUAAGAAGAACAAAUACGAUAAGAACAAAAAGAAGCAAGAAGUAACUGAAAAUACAGACUCCAAAGCCUCUACAGACAGCGACGCAGAAUCAAUCGAAACUGAUGUGAUAUCCGAAGAUUCCACUCAAGAAGAAAGAACGUCAGAGACUGAGAACGAUAAGCGGAAAGUUCAGAGAACGCAGCAACAGGACAAGAAAAACAGGAAAAAGCGCGAGGUAGUGCAGGAAGAAAAGAAAUUCGAAGCGGAAAUAUCAGAAGAGCCUGUCGAAGAGGAAGAAAAUGUAACUGAAGAUCCAGUUUCGCAAAAAGACGAACAGGAGGCGGCUGAAACUGAAGAAAGUGAAAUUGAGAAAGAUUGUCCGAUGGAUUCGGACGUCGUAUCAGAUGAAUGUGCUGCAUUGUGA